AGUUCGCCAAAACAAGAAAAACGUGUCGCAACACGGCAGCCGGUUAUUCCUGUGUUUUGACAAAUUUUGAUCAUGUUCAAAAAUAAAGAGAAACUUUUGAAAGAAGCUAACGACAGAUUAUUAGUGAAGCUAGUUUUUCAAAAUCCAUGCUUAUACAUUAAAUAUGUGCAACAAACUUCGCCAGCUGGAUUUGUGGAACAGACAUGGGUUCAAAUCGCAUUAACCCUCAGGAAAUUAGGCAGUUCAAUUUUAGAUCCUCAAAAACGUUGGAAGCAGCUAAAAAUUUCAUUUAAUGGGCACCUUAGGAAUGGGAAUACUAGGUGGUACUUAUACAGUGAUAUGUUCUUCAAGGCGCAACACACCAAUGCGAAGAAACCUUCCACAGUUCAUACUCCAUUUUUAAUACCAGGUCCCGGUACAUCGAAAACAUCAAAUUCAAAUUGGCAUCAGACAAAAGAUUUUCAUGAUAAUUUGGAGAGUUCCUCUUCUUAUGAUGUGGAAAUGCCUGACGAGGAGAAUUGUAUACAAGAUUUCAUUGAAAAUGAUGCCAUGAAGCAUGACUUUUCUUUUAAGUAUGAAAUGAUAACUUUUGAUGAUGAAAUCAUAACAGUGGAUGAUGAUUCGUCACUUUGCGGAUCGCAAUCGUCAAGCCAAUCUUCGAGUGAUUCCACGAUUUAAAAACCUUUGCCAUUCUCAGUC